UUUUCAGAGAAUGCAGGAAGUGACUUUGCUUGGAACACUGGGUAUGUGAUGGAGCCUAAACCCAGGAAGGCAUGCUCCUGAACUCAGAAGGGCCCAGCACCCCAGGACCAGCCUUCGGCCUUAGUAGAAACCUGAUUCAGCUAAAUAAAACGGGAGAGGGAGGUUGAGACCUGGGGGACUUGUCGGCUCAGUGCUCCUGAGGUAACCAUUAAUCCUUCCACUGGGAGAAUCCAGGAACUAGCCCUUUGAGGGGCAGAUGCUGGAGAGAAUGGAGGAACGCAUAAAGGAAGGCUCUGAACUUGGGGAGCAGAGGGUCCUGAUUGACAACCCUGCUGACAUUCUGGUCAUUGCUGCGUAUUUCCUGCUGGUCAUUGGCGUUGGCUUAUGGUCUAUGUUCAGAACCAACAGAGGCACAGUUGGUGGCUAUUUCCUGGCAGGACGAAACAUGGUGUGGUGGCCGGUUGGAGCCUCUCUGUUCGCCAGCAACAUUGGCAGUGGUCAUUUUGUGGGCCUGGCAGGGACUGGUGCGGCAAGCGGCUUGGCUGUGGCUGGAUUUGAAUGGAAUGCGCUCUUUGUGGUGCUGCUCCUCGGCUGGCUCUUCGUGCCUGUGUAUCUGACCGCUGGUGUGAUUACAAUGCCUCAGUACCUACGCAAGCGCUUUGGUGGGCACCGUAUACGCCUCUACCUGUCGGUGCUCUCACUUUUUUUGUACAUCUUCACCAAGAUCUCGGUGGACAUGUUUUCCGGGGCGGUUUUCAUACAGCAGGCCCUGGGCUGGAACAUUUAUGCUUCUGUCAUUGCACUCUUGGGCAUCACCAUGAUUUAUACUGUGACAGGAGGCCUGGCAGCACUGAUGUAUACAGACACUGUGCAGACCUUUGUCAUUCUUGCCGGGGCCUUCGUCCUCAGUGGUUACGCUUUCCAUGAAGUGGGCGGGUACUCGGGUCUCUUCGACAAAUACCUGGGAGCAGUGACUUCGCUGACAGUGUCCAAGGAUCCAGCUAUUGGCAACAUCUCCAGCACCUGCUACCAACCGAGGCCCGACUCCUAUCACCUACUGCGUGACCCAGUGACAGGAGACCUGCCAUGGCCUGCACUGCUCCUGGGGCUUACCAUUGUCUCAGGCUGGUAUUGGUGCAGCGACCAGGUAAUAGUGCAGCGCUGCCUGGCUGGGAAGAAUCUGACUCACAUCAAAGCUGGCUGCAUCCUGUGUGGCUACCUGAAGCUGAUGCCCAUGUUCCUUAUGGUCAUGCCAGGCAUGAUCAGCCGCAUUCUUUACCCAGAUGAAGUUGCAUGUGUGGUACCUGAGGUGUGUAAGCGGGUGUGUGGCACUGAGGUGGGCUGCUCUAAUAUCGCCUACCCACAGCUUGUUGUGAGGCUCAUGCCCAACGGUUUGCGUGGACUCAUGCUAGCAGUCAUGCUGGCCGCCCUCAUGUCUUCUUUAGCAUCCAUCUUUAAUAGCAGUAGCACACUUUUCACUAUGGACAUCUAUACACGCCUGCGGCCCAGUGCGGGCGACAGGGAGCUGCUGAUUGUUGGAAGGCUUUGGGUGGUGUUCAUUGUGGCGGUGUCAGUGGCUUGGCUGCCUGUAGUGCAGGCGGCACAGGGCGGGCAGCUCUUUGACUACAUCCAGUCUAUCUCCAGCUACCUGGCACCUCCAGUCUCGGCAGUCUUUGUGCUCGCACUCUUCGUACCCCGUGUUAAUGAGAAGGGUGCAUUCUGGGGACUAGUUGGGGGCCUGCUGAUGGGGCUAGCGAGGCUCAUACCUGAGUUCUUCUUUGGCUCGGGUAGUUGUGUGCGACCCUCAGCAUGCCCAGCGCUGCUUUGCCGGGUACACUACCUCUAUUUUGCCAUCGUACUCUUCAUCUGCUCUGGCCUCCUCACACUUGUAGUCUCCCUGUGCAGUGCACCCAUCCCACAGAAGCAUCUCCACCGCCUGGUUUUCAGUCUCCGGCACAGCAAGGAGGAACGGGAGGACCUAGACACUGAUGAGUUAGAAAGCCCAACCCCGUCCCCUGUGCAGAACAGGUUCCAGGAACAUGCGGUGGUGAUGGAAGAUGUCCAGUCCCCAGCACCGAGCCUGCUCCGCCGGUGCCUGCUCUGGUUCUGUGGAAUGAGCAGGAGUGGGUCAGGGAGUCCUCCACCCACCAGUGAGGAGGUGGCUGCAACAACUCGGCAACUGGAGGACAUCAGUGAGGACCCUGGCUGGGCCCGCGCAGUCAACCUCAAUGCCCUGCUCAUGAUGACUGUGGCAGUGUUCCUCUGGGGCUUUUAUGCAUAG